GGCUGCAGAUGUGUGGAGUUGGAUUGUUGGGACGGUGAUGAUGGUCAGCCCAUCAUUCAUCAUGGCUAUACCCUCACUUCCAAGAUCUCUCUCAAGGAAGUACUCGUGGCUAUAAAUAGAACGGCCUUCAUAACCUCUGACCUUCCUGUCAUUCUUUCCAUUGAAAAUCACUGCUCCAUCAUUCAGCAGCAAAGAAUGGCUAAAUUGUUU